AUGGCGCCUCGUGGAUGCGGUUGUGGUCAAGGAAGAGGUCAAACUAGUAAUGAGGAACCCAAGACAAAUAGGAAUAACCCGGUUAACUUCAUGGCUGCUUUGGAGAAUAUGGUUGCUGCGAUGCAGGCCACUGUAGAAGCACUUGGGCGACAGGUGAACAAUGGUAAUGGCGUAAAUGGAAAUCAAGGCCCAAUGUCACUGGCAACCUUUUUGAAGGUCAAUCCAUCGAUAUUCAGAGGGACUACUAAUCCGACUGAAGUCGAUAACUGGUUUCAGCUGAAGCGAGGUGCAAUGUCAGUGGCUGAGUAUACGAACAAAUUUAAGGAAUUGUGCCAGUUCUCUCGAAUCUGUCAGAGCGCUCCAAAAGACUUCGAGGAACAGAAAUGUAUCAAAUAUGAAGGAGGACUACAAAGCAACAUUCUGAGCACUGUAAGUCUUAUGGAAAUAAGAACUUUCUCUGAGUUAGUGAACAAAAGUAGGGUGGCUGAGGAUUAUGCGAGGAAGGCUAUGCUAGAGAAAGGAGAUCACAGGGGAUCCUUCCAGAGAAACCAAGGCAGGAACUUUGCACCUAGGGGCCGAAACUUUAAGUGUGGAGGCUUUGUUCCACUACAGAAUCAAGGACAGAACAACUUCAAAGGACCAAAUAACACUGGUAACCAAGGGAGAAGGUUCGGAAAGCAACAACAAAAUGAGCUAAGUUGUCAAAGGUACGGGAAAUAUUAUCUUGGAGUCCUAUGUAGAGUAGGAUCACGAGUGUGUUACUUUUGUGGACGACCCGGGCACCUAGUCAGGAAUUGUCUAGAAAAGAAGAAGUAUGAGGCUGGUAGGAUACAGCAACCAGAGAAAGUGUUCCCUACUUCUGCAGCAAGUGCCGAGGGAUCUGAGACCUUGAUUAGACAUAAUAGUGAAGUAGCUAGUAACGUUUUAAAUGAUUUAUUUGAUUUUGGAGCGACACAUUCAUUCAUAGCAUUUGAAAAGGUUACUGAAUUGGAAUGA